AUGCAAAAGAUGUCUACAACACCUGGGAUUCCCAGGCCGUCUCCGAUCCAAGUACUAACCAGGCCCAACGUUGCUUUACUUGACAGGUCGGACGAGAUGUCGUGCUUUCAACGUGGGAUGGUCGUAGACAUGUCACUCACUGUCAUCUCCUACUAUGAUCUAUCCUAUCACCGGCGAGACACUCAUUUGUUGGCGCGUUGGGAACCAUUGCGGCAAGCACAAAAUCCUUUACAAUAUCUUGCGAUACGGAUCUCCUGUGGCAUUUAUCCAGUACAUCUACGCAUAUCAUUUAUAAAUACGAUUACGGUGGAGGAUCCCAGAACAGUUGUUCCGAGCUAUACCCAAAUCAAAUUGGGCACGUCACAAGACUAA